GGUACCAAUAUGUCUGACGAUCAUCACGACGACGAGCACUUCCACACCGGAGACUCUGGAGCUGCUGCCACAUUCCCAAAGCAGUGCUCUGCUCUCCGUAAGAACGAGCAUGUCAUGAUCAAGGGACGCCCAUGCAAGAUCGUCGAAAUGUCGACCUCCAAGACCGGAAAGCACGGUCACGCUAAGGUCCACAUGGUCGCCAUCGACAUCUUCACCAGCAAGAAGCUUGAAGAUAUCUGUCCAUCCACCCACAACAUGGAUGUUCCAGUCGUCAAGCGUCGUGAGUACUUGUUGAUGGCCAUCGAUGACGGAUAUUGCUCCCUCAUGGACCCAGAGUCCUGCGAGCAAAAGGAUGACCUCAAGCUUCCCGAUACUGAGCUCGGACAACAGAUCCGUGAUGCUUAUGAGAAGGACGAGGGAUCCGUUUUGGUCCAAGUUGUCUCUGCUAUCGGAGAAGAGGCUAUCCUCGGAUGGAAGGUCAGCACCAAGGAAUAAAUCGUCAAAGGAACCCCCUGCCAACUGCUCAUGAAUCCUGAUUCCCCCGUUCCACCCCGCAAAACUUUCACUGUAUGAAUGGUGCUGCUUGACAUUCCAUUCCAGAAUUCAAGUAUAACCCAUCAUCAAGUGCUCGUGUUAUUUUUCUUGUUUUCAUUAACUUUUUUUUUUGCUUUUUUUCAAAACAUAACUGAGAAUUUAAUUUCAAAUAAAUUAUCAGAAAAUUU